CGUUCGCGUUUCUCCAAAUGCCACCGGACACCGACGGCGGCCUCGGACCGGACCGGGCGGACAGCGGCGGCGGGACCGCGACGCACGCGACUCACCGGGAACAUGGCGACGGGAACAACAACCUGCUCGGUACCGGAGCGACGAUAAAUCUACGCGGGUGACGGAGGAGCAUCACUUAACACAGAGGCGAUGAGGGGAACCUGAAGGCAGCAGCCUGUUUCUAAGCAACAACAGCAACUCGGCGUGUGGCACCGCGCACACACACACACACACCAUGGGCUACAAGAUCCCCGGGGCGGCGAUGGACCGGGUCAGCCUGCUGUGGCGGCUGAGGCGCCGCGCUCGCCGCGGCGUCCUCUGCAUGGCCUUCUUCUGCAUCUCCAUGGCGCUGCUCUACGCCAUCUGUGCCGAGAACAGCGUGCCCGUCACCGACGCCAUUUUCGGGGUGCGGGCGCGGACCCGGGCUCAGCCUCGCGCGCACUCCGUCGUCAAGGUGCUGCGAAGCGGCGCCAAGCCCAUGUACAUCGACCCCCAGAAGCUCCCGGGGGUCGUUCCCGGUGACCCUCACCGUCCAAUCCCUGUCCUCUCCUCUCCGAACCACACCCACGAAGUCGGGGACUCCACGCCGAAGCGGAAGCCGAAGGAGCGGGAGCCCCCGGGCUUUUUCGCCCGGCUGCUGCCGCGCCCCUUCAUGCGCGCCCUGGAGACCCUGUUCGGAGGCCGCCGGAGGGGGGAGCUGAGUGGCAGAGUGGGGGAGGCGGAGUUCUUCGGGCCUCACGGGCUUCUGGGAGAAGUGUGGGAUGACGAGAUGUCCAGCAGCAUGCUGGGAAGCAGACUGAGGAAGGUAGUGCAGAACUAUCAGGCGAUGAAUAAGUACGGAGUGGAAAUCUCCGGUCCCGGCGGUGUGUCCAACAGGCCCAAGCUGAGCGGUCCCAGGCUUCUCUGCCAGCUGAAGGACAACAUCGAGGUCGCGACACUGACCUCUGACCUCCAGCCCUUCUCGGCGCUGCCCUGGGCCGACCAGCUGCCAGCGAAGCCGCUGACCUCUGACCUCGGGCCGUACAGGAGCUGCGCCGUGGUCUCGUCUGCAGGGUCGCUACGCAACUCCGGACUUGGAAAGGAGAUAGACUCUCACGACGCCGUGCUGCGCUUCAACGCCGCGCCGACCAUCGGGUACGAGAAGGAUGUCGGUUCUAAAACCACGAUCCGCCUCAUCAACUCCCAGGUGAUGGCGUCUGAUGACCACCGUUUCCUAUCCAGCUCUCUGUACAGCUCAGGUGCCCUGGUGGCCUGGGACCCCGCCCCCUUCUCCGCUGACCUCACUCAGUGGCACAACAGGACCGACUACCCCAUCUUCACCCAGUACCAGAGGUACAGGCGGCUUCACCCGAUGCAGCCCUUCUACAUCCUGCACCCUCGCUUUGAGUGGCAGGUCUGGCAACGAAUACAGGACAACAUGGCCGAGCCCAUCCAGAAGAACCCUCCCUCCUCCGGCCUGCUCGGAACCGUCCUGAUGAUGUCGCUGUGCGACGUGGUGCACGUCUACGAGUUCCUGCCGUCCCGCAGGAAGACGGAGCUCUGCCAUUACUAUCAGCGCUUCUACGACGCCGCGUGCACGCUCGGCGCCUACCACCCUCUGCUGUACGAGAAGAACCUCGUCAAGCGGAUGAACCAGGGGCCCGACCGCGACAUCUACACCCACGGGCGGGUCACGCUGCCCGGGUUUGGAAAGCUGAACUGCACCCAGGCUGCUGGAGGUUUUCCCAAGCACUGACUGGGAUAUGCGGAAGCAGUGGAGCACAUAAACAAACACACACACAUACGAUGCCAAGCAGAACCCUGCAUGAAGACACGUAAACCAGAGCACAGACGCAUGAACACUUUACUCACACUGCCUAAAGAAAAGGAACGCUGUGCCACUCCCUGGAGAUAGUCCAAUCCACUGACAGAUGUGCCUGCUGUCCACACGUACAUAUACUUAUGAGGACGUUCCACAGAUAAUCCCUUCUCAUCGCGAAAAGCAACCCGUAAAAAGGAUCACGCGGUUGGCAUCUACAAAAAUCCAGCUUUUGUUCUUUCUUUUAUGUUAUCGAUUUAGGUUUUACAACCUGCUCCUGCACACUGAGUUGAGUGUGUCAGUGCAUCUCUAAGUAGUUUCUGACUCCCUCUGAGGCACUAUGCUCCAUGUCUAUUGGCUCUGACUGAAAACUAAAGUAUACAUUCACAUUUGAAUAUAUAUUUUUUAAGUUUAAUCUCCUGAAACAGCUGCUCGCUGUAGUUAAUCAAACAAACAGGAGGAGACGCAUUGCAGUGCUGGAGCCUCGUCUCCUGAGGAUAUUUGCGCUCUACUUGAUGCUCAGACAUUCAUAAAAACGUGCAAUCACGCAGCACUUAUGCUUGUGAAUAAGACGGAAAAUACAGCUGCUUUGCUUUUAGACUUCAUGUGACUUGGAUUUUUAGUUUGGGGAAUAUUUUGGAAACCCUUCAAGCAGCAGGAUGUCUUGACUUGAGCUGUUUCCUCCAAAUGUGAUUGAGUUUGUUCUCAGACUGUGAUAAUGAUCAAACCACGACACAGGAAGGAGCCCGAGUCACAGGAAGAGAACGCCCACACGGUGGUUCACUUUAAAAAAAAUACAUCGUCAUCUCUCCUCUGCCCCAAAAAGAACCCUCAAACGCCAGCUUGCUGUUUAUUUCUAAAUCAAAUAUUUUCUUCAAAAGUGUUUGUUAGACAAAAGGUCUGACACUAUUCUUCUGCAGCAAUGUUACUUCAUUUUUUAUGUGUGUGGCGGCACCUCUGAACCAAAGGUGGGGCAAACACCGUCACUACUGCUAGCUGUAGCCGCAGAAGCUAAUUUUUCUUAAUUGGUUAAUCAAUCUAUCUUCUUCUAUCUUUUAUAAUCCAUCUUUCUACAGGUCCAGGCUGCUUUUAAUAAGUCAUAUGAUCAUGGAAGUAGUGUAAUAACAAGUCAUUCUGGGCUGUGUUGGCCCCUCUGGGUUUCCUUCAGACAUUAGCCAGUAAAACAGUUUAUUAUACGUUUAAAAAAAGAAAGUAUUUUGGUGUGAACAGAGAUCUUUGCAGAAACUUCCUGGAAACUCCAAUGUGGGCAAUGUCUGAGUUGUUGUGGACGCGGUCUGAGAGCAAACACAAAUCCCACAUGGAAAGAAAACAUCCGCAAAAUACAAAGUAUAUGUAAAAAAUGUACAGUGGAAACCUGGAGAUCCACAGAUAUGAAACUGAUCUCUUCUCCGACUCUGGAGAACCCAGGAGAACCAGAGGGUUCCACGGAAAAAUGAAAGACUGCAUCAUUAAGAAGCCUGCUGAUGACACACACACCUGCACACCCACCGACGCAACGUAUUUAUUAAAGAUGAAUGCCUACGGA